AUGCAGCAUUUGACAUAAUAAAACCAGACUAACUCUAAAAAGUACAGUUAUUGUGUGUGAUGCUCCAGAAACCACAUUGUCCUGUCCUGCCAGUAGAUGGGGGCAGUCAGGGUCCCAGACUGGAGCUAAAGAGUCCUGAAAGUCUUUGAACCACCCUUGAUAGGCUGUGUGAGGCUUCCUAUUGGUCCGGUAGUGAGCGAGGUGUCAUAUGUCCCAUGGGGCCGUGAAUGCCGCUUACUUCUGUCGAAGAAAAGUAGGACUUUCCAGUGGGAUUUUAAUCAGUGAGAUGAAAUUCAAUUAUCUUUUCUGUCGGGCAAUAGACGGUUUCAUGUGAGCGGUCACUGUGCAGAGGAAGAGCCGGUUCUGGAGAAGUUGUCUUCCGGUUGUAACAGGUUUGUGGGGCUCGGUGGGUUUCAUCGUGGUAGGGCUAAUCACUGGUUUGUUUUUGGCACCAGAAAUCCCCAAAAAACAGACAAUGUCGCGGUCAGAGCAGAAGGAAACCGCGGCGGAGUCAACGUCAAACUCGGAACACGAACAAAACGGCGCCUUAGUAAACCCGAGGGCGGUUUGUAACGCGUGUAAACGCUUGUACCGGGACCCUAAGAUCCUCCCGUGUCUGCACACCUUCUGCUCCGACUGUAUCGCCCAGCUGGAGCCGUUUUCCGUGUCUUCGCGCCGCCACAGGGACGCGGCAGAGAACGGCAGGAGCGGCGAGGCGGUGGAGGCGGACGCGCCCGCCGUGACCGUCACGGUGCUCUGUCCCGACUGUGACUCCGAGGUGGACAUUCCUCCGUCGGGACCGGCCGGGCUGAGCACCGACCACCUGGCGCUGGACGAAAUAUUCCUGGAGACCCUGGUGACGAACGGCCCGCUGGGAUGCGACCUGUGCGGCGAAGGAGGCGCCGAGAGCCGCUGCGAAGUCUGCUCCAUCAACCUGUGCGAGUUCUGCUGCCAGGCGCACAGGCGGCAGAAGCGGACAGCGUCUCACUCCGUUCGGGGCGUGGAGGAGCUGAGGUCUCGUGGUCGUCUCUGCCGCCCCGUCCUCUGCUCCCUCCAUCCCGGCCAGGAGCUCCGGCUCUUCUGUCAGCCGUGCGACCUGCCCGUCUGCCUGGAGUGUGCCGCCACGCUGCACCGCGACCACCGCUGCUGCCCCACGCGUGACGUCAUAGAUCGUCAUGGAGACCGCAUCCGAGAGCUGAUCACUGCGCGCCUGCGUCCUCGCCUGGACCGUCUGGAGGAGUCACUGCAGAAGGUGCUACGGAGUCUGUUCAUCCCAGCGUCGGAGAGACCAACCGCCAUGUUAAAACCUUCCUAUCCUUUUUUCUUUCUCUUCUCUCUCCUACAGGUGGAAGUAUCCCAGGAGGCUUUGCAGGCACGAGUGGAUGCGACAGCCAUCGAGGUGAGGGCGUUUGCGCGAUGUUAUGCCAGCGCUGUGGAAGCCCACUGCCUGUCUCUGCUGCGUCGCCUGGAGGAGCUCCGUGUCCAACGCAGGAACCAGCUGCACCUGCAGAGGGCUCAGCUGCAGCAGGCUCUGCUGGAUGUCCGAGGAGGUGUGGAGUUCGCAGAGAGGCUGCUGAGCUGCGGGUCGGACGCUGAGAUCCUCAGCGCCAAAGGAGUGACCCUGAGGAGACUGACCAGUCUGGCGGAGAGCGGCUACGACCCUCACCCGGCGACCGUCGCCCCCGACGACGGGAGCAGCAUCUGCUUCAUGCCCAGGGAGCCAGCAGGGGAGGUGGAGGGCUACCCGGUGGUCGGGGUGAUCAACUCUAAGACAGCGGACCUCAGCAAGUGCACCAUCGAAGGGGAAGGUCUGCAGCGGGGCAGGGAGGGUCAGCAGGGACGCUUCACCCUGGUGUGCCGGGACUCGGCUGGAGAGCAGAUGGCGCGAGGUGGGGAGCACGUCCUGGUCAGUGUCGUCCACAAGGAGAAGAAAAACUGCACAGUGGAGACAACAGUGGUCGACAACAACGACGGAUCCUACAGUGUUUCAUACACACCUGAGGGGCCGGGAACCUACUCAGUGUGGGUUUGUGUCAAAGCUCAACAUGUCAAGGGUUCCCCGUUCAGUCUGACUGUAAAGAGGAAGUUGAGGCGUCACAGUGGGACGUUUCAUUGCUGCUCCUUCUGCUCCAGUGGAGGAGCCAAAGAGGCUCGCUGUGGCUGUCCAGGAACCAUGCCAGGAGGAUUUAAAGGCUGCGGUCACGGUCAUAAGGGCCACCCGGGGAAGCCGCACUGGUCCUGUUGUGGCAGCACCGCGGAGCAGUCCGAGUGUUUGCCUCAGAGCGUGCUGGCCGCGGUUUCCCCCCGCGGCCACCUGCGAACCGUGGAGCUCUGAGGCGACGCCACAGACGAGACCCAGCAAGAAGAUGAUGCAAGUUAAUGGAAGGUGGCGGCAACCGAAAAGGUUAGAGCAGCGGGGGGGGGGGGAGUGGGGUGAAGGACGGCUGGUGUGAAUCUUUGAGAAGGUCAGACGAUGAAAGUGAAGCUCCAAAGACACUGAGUGAAGCAGGACAUCAAAGUCUUGAAAGUGCUCACCUCUGAUACAGUUACCAGCUCAGCAUAUAAGAUAAACACCAAAGUGUCUCAAUCUAUGUCGAGUGCCUUUUGCUUCAAUCACAGCAGCGCGUGCCGCACAUGCUAAAGCUUUGCUGAAGGGCACCACAGCAGCUGUUGCUGGGAGAAGGGAGAGUUUAGCUUUUUCAUUGUUACACUUUUCUUUCAUCAGCCAUCGUCUGCCCCUUUUUUUUUUUUUCUUACUUUGAAGCAGCUGCCGAUUUCAAAGGUGCUGAAAUCGAUCUUUUAAAUCUUAAACGUAAAACUCUUUAAAAUGGAAACAUUGAGGAUCAUGAUAGAAUUAAACCAGGAAGUGUGUUUGUUAUGAACCGUGACGCCACAGGACGCCUGAUCUCUCUCCGUCUACACACAGAAUUUACAGGAUCAUUCUCCGGAAGUUGUUUAAAUGCAUUGUGGUUAAUGUAGGAACUCACUGAAACACAAGAGGCAAAGUGAAGGGAAAGUAAAUUACAUCAUUCAUUACAGGUUGAUGAUGAUAUUUUUUCAAUAGUGAUAGAUUUUUUUAUUCAGUCAUCACACAUAAUACAAUAAAUAUAAGCAAUAUAGACAGAAAAAACAAACAAAAACAAAGUCAUCGGUCUGUGUAUUAAGAAGUGACUGAACCGGUUCAGUCUGAAGCUAAAUGCUAAAAUAUGCCUGAUUACAUUCUUAUCAAUUCAGCUAACGACCAAUAGAAAAGAAAUUUAUUCACACUUGCUAAACCAAUCUUUUAAAAACUGAAAGGAUAUUACUUUUUUUUUUUUUUUUUUUUAUUCAUAUUUUAUUGUUCCAUGAAUAAAGAAAAGGAAAUCAUUUUGUAAGCCUCAAAAAUAGCUUUACACACCAUUCCUUUGAAAACCUGGGCUGUGAUCCCCAGACUAGACAGCAUUUAUAUAUACAUUUUAUAUAUAAAAAUCUGAAGUCAUAACAAACGAUAUUUAGCUGAUUGCAGAUUCAUUCUGAGAUUCCUGAUUCCUGAUACUCACUGGAGGUUGUAUGUUUGUAGACAUACUUACUGGUUGUUAUGGAUACAUGCUGAGAAAAUUAUGGGUUGAGUGUCAUUUUCCUAAUAAUAAGAUUAGUAUUAUUACUCCCUUAUUUCUUCAUCCUCACUGCAGGUAAUUGAUUUUCUUGUAACAGUUGCUACAUAUUAACUAUGUGUGUAUGUAAUAAUUACCAAAUAAUAAAUGAUUAGCCACCAAAAUUGAUAGUAUUUACUGCAGCUGAUAUAAUAUGAUUGCAUUAUGCUAACUACAGGUACAGUUGGUUAAAACAGAAGUAACAAUCAAUAACUAUGAAACACAAGACAGAGAUUAUAUUGAUGCCUGUGCUGUGGUGCCAUAUACUGUUAACUAAAGUAAAGAAAUAUGUCUGUGAACACUUCUAAUUUCCAUGGUUACAGUGAAGGUGGGAAGGUGCAGCCCACAACAGCUGCCUUAUGCUGCAGGUGUGUGUGUGCACGUGUGUGUGCACGUGUGUGUGUGUGUGUAUAUGAAGAUUUUUACAUAUUAAUCUUGAGUGCUUUAUCAUUGUUGUUAAAAUCUGCACACACUGGGGUUUCCUGCAGUUUUAUUAAGAAGCCAGCUCCACCGUGCCCCCCCA